CGGGACUCGGGGUUUGGGGAUCGGGAGCAGCAGGAGGCCUGGCGGAGCCCUCCUCCAUCCGGCGCCUGAUGCCUUUGGGAUGAAGACAUUGUUUGAAGAGAUCAAAGCAUCAAUUAAAAAUAACUAUAACCAAGACCGUUCGUUUUGGAGGCCUGUCCUUCCCUGGGGAGGGGUUUUUACCAUCAAAGCUGGCCGCAAGGCAGUGUCCUGUACACCACUCUAUGUUGAAAUAAACCUGAAAAAUACCUGCACUAUAGAUGGAUUCUUGAUGUUACUAUAUGUCAUUCUUCACGAAAAUGAAAAUUUCCCCAGGGAACUCUCUCUCCACUUAGGCAGAGAGUUUGUAGACUGUUUUCUUUAUUUAAUGGACUCAUACAGUUUUACAACUGUGAAACUACUCUGGAUUUGGGACAAGAUGAAAAAACAGCAGUACAAAUCUGAAGUUCACAAAGCUUCGUUAAUAAUUGAUUUGUUUGGAAAUGAACAUGACAAUUUUACAAAGAAUCUGGAAAACCUCAUGUCAACCAUUCAGGAGAGUUACUGUUCAAACUGGAGAUGUCCAACUCGAGUGCAGGAAGAUCAGCAGCGAACAAUUAACAUAAAUCCUCCCCAAGAAAUACCACAUGGAAACUUGAUCCGAUUGGCUGUGGAUGAAUUGUUUUGUUCCAAGAUAGAGCUGUGUGAAGAGCUAGGUUGUGGUGGGCUAAGAGAAUUUUCCCAACGAGUUUUCUGCCAUGGAGCACCACCUUUUGUUGUCUUAAAUAUGCAGCACUGGAAAUCUGAAGAUCUGGCAUAUGUACCAUAUUACUUGGAUUUAUCUGAUCACAAAUAUUUGUUGGAAGGUGCCACAUUAUUUAACAAAGAGGAACAUCAUUAUUCUGCAGCUUUCCAGAUUGAUGGAUAUUGGAUGCACUAUGAUGGCCUCAGAAAUGUGAAUUUAAUUUUGUUAAAUAAACCACCAGAGUUUCUCCUCUUGUCAUCGUUGGUUUAUAUUCGAGCAACAGAAAAAUAAAUAUAGACUGAUGCGAAAUUAAAUUGUGUUCCCUCCUGCCCCUCCCCUCCAAAUUAAGGGCUCUUAUUUUCUGAUUACUUGGUAUCCAAGAAAAUUGUUGAACUAUAGUAGUUUUAGAGUUGUAUUAUCCAGUGCUAAGCCCCAGGUAAAUGUUUUAUAUAGAGAAAAAACUAUGCAAAAUGUUUGUAAUUCUUUUUAUAUUUCCUGAUUUAUUUUUAUACAAGCAUAUUUUAUGUUGAAAUAAAAAUAUCUUGUAGACUUUUAAUUUUGUAUUCAUAUGUACAUCAGAUCUAUUGAAAUUAAUGUACCUUUCUUUAUCCAAAAAAAAUUGCAAUUGUGAUUAGAUGCUUUUUUUCUUAGGGAUUCAAAUAAAAAUCCUUCAAUCCUGAAUCUACAUUGAGAAAAGCCAGGUUAAAACUUAGUCAAAGUUUAGAAGACUUUGAUAGUAUAAAAUUGACCCAACUUGGGAAAAAGGUGUCUUCACAUUUCUGCUUCAUCACAACCCAGAGUGCAUUAUGGAAUCAACUGGGUUUCAUUAGAAUAUAUAACUUGUUGAUGUCUUAAAUAUUUUUGUCCUUUUUUUCCUGACCUAGAAAUACCAGUUUUUAAACAUUUUAUAAAUAUAUAUGUGUCCAUAUAUCUGUGACUCUUACACAUGGGCUUUGAAUUUUUUUUCUUAAAUAUUGCUGAGGGAAUUUUGAACCAGCUGCUCAAGUAUUAAAGCCCUUGCUAAUUAAUUUUAAGUGUUAAUUCCCGGGCAAGUGUUAUUAAUAACUAUAUGACCAUCCUCAAAAUGUCUUGUUUCAAAAUUAAAUAUAUAUAGAAACUAUAUUUUACAGGAGUGACAAAUAUGCUCUAUUAGAUAUUAAAGUAGACAAAUUUAUUUCUCAUGCUAGUGUGAAUGUAAGCAAUGUGCAUUAUUUUGUUUAAAUGACUAAAAGGAAAACUUGUCAUUAGAAUUUUUAUUUUUUUUUUUUUUGUUCUAAAUCUGAAUGUUACUUAUCAGAGACAAAAAAUAUAUGCUUUGGAUGUUUAAGUGUCCUUGCUUAGUGAACUAAUAGUUUUAACAGUUUGGAUUUUAAAUAUGUCACUGCACAAGUUUACAUUUAUCAGAAAUUGUGCUCAUUAAAGCCCCUAAGAACCUUCUCAUCAAUUAUUUAUUCAGUUGAGGAGAAAAAGAAAAACAAAAUUCUUGAGGGAAGUACUAUCUUGGAAAUAUAUAUUUUAUUGUCUCUACUUAAAGUAUUCUACCUUAAUGAUUUUAUAGGAACCAUAAAGGCUAAAAUUGGCUUACUAUUCAGAUGGGCAAACUAUUUUUGAGAAUUAAAUUUACCCCACAUGCGGUACAAUUAACUUCCAUAGAGUAACAUUUUUUAUUAAAUGAAAUCUCAGAUUGCCAUUGUGGUCAGAUUGGUACUUCCGAAUGCAACUGAGUUGAAGCAAUCCCAAUAUGAAAAUACUUAGACAAAAGAUAAAUCUGGGGGUGAGCAAUCACUUUUACAAAAAAGAAAAAAGUCGUCUUUUGUUUAGUGUUUCCCUAUUGUAUUUUAAAAAGGAUUUGGUUUACAGUAGAACUUUAUGGAACAAACCAAGGUACACUUGGUAUUGUUCUGGGUUAAAACGGCUAAAACUAAUAACUCAUUUAUAUAGUGCUAUGAUGAUAUAAAGAACUUAUACUCCCUACAAGAUAAAAGGAUGCAGAUAAUGUAUAAAUUGAGUCUUUCCAAAAAUUAUGUUUAAAAGGCAAAUUUUACUCAAUACUUUGCACCUUAUUUAAAAGAAGUACUUGAUGCUAGUUGUUACAAAAUGGUGAUUUACCUACCUCACAGGGUUGUUGUGAGGAUGAAGAUGUCUGUAAAGAUCUUGACCACCCUGAAAGGUGCUAAUAAAAAAAGGUGAUUUUUUUUCUCUUUCA